AUGGAGAAGGAGGAGGAGGAGACGCGGGAGCUGCUGCUCCCCAACUGGAAGGGCAGCGGCUCCCACGGCAUCACCAUCGACCAAACCGACGACGGCGUCUUCGUCCGGCGCGUGCAGCAGAACUCCCCGGCCGCCAAGAUGGGCGUCGUCAGGGAAGGGGAUCAGAUCGUGGGCGCCACCGUGUACUUCGACAAGCUGCAGUCCGGGGAGGUGGCGCAGCUCCUGGCCACCAUGGGGCACCACGCGGUGGGGCUGCGUCUGCAGCGCAAGGGGGACAGGUCCCCGCUGCCGGACCAGGCCUGGGCCCACGACGCCUUCGCCCCCGGCAGCCCCGAGGUCGUCCUGAGCGGCGACGACGAGGAGUACAGGAGGAUUUACACCACCAAGAUCAAGCCGCGGCUGAAGUCGGAGGAGGUGGUGGCGGAGGAGGCCGGCGGGACGCAGAGCAGGACCAUCACGGUCACCCGCAAGGUGACGGCCUACACCGUGGACGUCACCACCAGCGACGUCGACGUCCUCGGCCCUGAGUUCAAGAUCCGCAUCCCGGGCGACGGCGGGGACGGGAAAAGCGCCCAAGCCGUGGGCUGCGGCCUGGGCGUCCAGCACGGCCCAACGGUUCAAUCUCCCGCCCUCAACUUGGACGUCGGCCUCGGCGAGGCCCAAACCCCGACUGUGGACGUGGGGAAAGUCAAGAUUCCCGUCUUGAAAAUGCCCAAAUUUGGGUUCGCCGUCGACGCCCCGGCCCCACAGAUUGGGGUGGAUGUUGCCUCCUCGUCCGUCCAGGUCACAGCACCCGAAAUUUCAGCUCCUGCGGUUCAAGGCCCCAAGGUGGACGCGGGGCUGAAGGGCACCGUGGAGGUCCCCGUCAAAGGGGACUGGCAAGGCCCUGCCUUCAAGAAGGUUGAAACACCCCAAAUUUCGCUGGCGGACGUGAAGCUGAAGGGCCCCCAGGUGAAGGGGGACGUGGGCGUCACCGUCCCCAAAGUGGAAGGGGACAUCCAAGGACUGGGCCCGAAGGGUCUCAAGGUGGACGUGAAGGCCCCCGGCGUUGAAUUUGAAGGCCCAGGAGGUGGCCCCGUGGUCUCUGCGCCAGAUUUGGACGUCAACAUGAAGGGACCCAAGGGAGGAGUGGGCGUUUGUGUCCCAAAGGUGGGCGGUGACGUGAAGGGGCCCCAGUUUGACGUGAAGGGGCCCCAGUUUGACAUCAAAGGCCCCAAACUGGGAAUGGACGCACCCGACGUAGCUCUCAAAGGCCCUAAAAUUUCCAUGCCCGAUGUCGAUCUGCACCUGAAAGGUCCCAAAGUGAAAGGAGACCUCGGCGUUUCUGUCCCCAAACUGGAAGGGGACCUGAAAGCUCCUGAACUUGACAUUGAAGGCCCCAAAAUUGACAUUGAAGGCCCCAAAGUUGGCAUUGAAGGCCCAGACGUGGACAUCCACGCCCCAGAGAGCAAAGUGAAGUUUCCCAAGAUGAAAAUGCCCAAAUUUGGGGUACCUGGUGUGAAAGUGGAGUGCCCCGAUGUUGAUGUGACGCUCCCCAAGGGCGAGGUGGCCGUUUCUGGUCCCAAAGUUGAUGUGGCUGUGCCAAGUGUGGACAUCCAAGGGCCUGAAGGACACCUGAAGGGCCCCAAGGUGACGAUGCCCGAGAUGGGCUUCAAGACCCCCAAAAUUUCCAUGCCAGAUGUUGACCUGAACCUGAAAGGUCCCAAAGUCAAGGGAGACCUUGGUGUUUCUGUCCCCAAACUGGAAGGGGCCCUGAAAUCCCCAGGACUUGACAUCAAAGGCCCUGAAGUUGACAUCAAAGGCCCCAAAGUUGACGUUGAAGGCCCAGACGUGGACAUCCAUGCCCCAGAGGGCAAAGUGAAGUUUCCCAAGAUGAAAAUGCCCAAAUUUGGGGUACCUGGUGUGAAAGCGGAGUGCCCCGAUGUUGAUGUGACGCUCCCCAAGGGCGAGGUGGCCAUUUCUGGUCCCAAAGUUGAUGUGGCCGUGCCAAGCGUGGACAUCCAAGGGCCUGAAGGACACCUGAAGGGCCCCAAGGUGACGAUGCCUGAGAUGGGCUUCAAGACCCCCAAAAUCUCAAUGCCUGAGGUUGAUCUGAACCUGAAAGGCCCCAAAGUGAAAGGAGAUGUGGGUGUUUCUGUCCCCAAACUGGAAGGGGACCUGAAGGCUCCUGGGCUUGACAUCAAAGGCCCCAGAGUUGACAUUGAAGGCCCAGACGUGGACAUCCACGCCCCAGAGGGCAAAGUGAAGUUUCCCAAGAUGAAAAUGCCCAAAUUCGGGGUACCUGGUGUGAAAGCGGAGUGCCCCGAUGUUGAUGUGACGCUCCCCAAGGGCGAGGUGGCCAUUUCUGGUCCCAAAGUUGACGUCGCUGUGCCAAGCGUGGACAUCCAAGGGCCUGAAGGACACCUGAAGGGCCCCAAGGUGACGAUGCCUGAGAUGGGCUUCAAGACCCCCAAAAUUUCCAUGCCUGAGAUUGAUCUGAACCUGAAAGGUUCCAAAGUGAAAGGAGACCUUGGUGUUUCUGUCCCCAAACUGGAAGGGGACCUGAAGGCUCCUGGACUUGACAUCAAAGGCCCCAAAAUUGACAUUGAAGGCCCCAAAGUUGGCGUUGAAGGCCCAGAUGUGGACAUCCACGCCCCAGACGGCAAAGUGAAGUUUCCCAAGAUGAAAAUGCCCAAAUUUGGGGUACCCGGCCUGAAAGCGGAGUGCCCUGACGUUGAUGUGGCUUUUCCAAAGGGCGAAGUGGCCAUUUCUGGUCCCAAAGUUGACGUGGAUGUGCCAAGCGUGGCCAUUUCUGGUCCCAAAGUUGACAUGGAUGUGCCAAGCGUGGACAUCGGAGCGAAAGGGAAAGGUCUCAAAUUUAAAAUGCCCGAACUAAACGUCCAGACCCCAAAACUGUCCAUGCCUGAUGUCGAUCUGGGCUUGAAGGCUCCCAAACUGAAAGGAGACGCGGAGCUGAAAGGCCCCAAAAUCGACGUGGAAGGGCCCAAAGUGGACGUCGAUGUCCCCGAGGUGGACCUGGAAUGCCCAGAAGGGAAAAUAAAAGGCCCCAGAUUUAAGAUGCCAAAACUUAACAUCAAAACACCCAAAAUAUCCAUGCCCGAUGUGGAUUUGAACCUGAAGGGGCAUAAAAUGAAGGGAGAGAUGGACAUUUCUGUCCCAAAGAUCGAGGGGGACGUGAAAGGCCCCGGCGUUAACGUCAAGGGACCCAAAUUGGACGUGGAGGUCCCGGAUGUCAACCUGGAGUGUCCUGAAGCCAAACUGAAAAUGCCGAAAAUUAAAACGCCGCACGUGAGCGUGUCCGGCCCCAAAUUUGAGGGAGCCGAUGUAGACAUCAACCUCCCAAAAGCAGAGGUGGACAUUUCAGGGCCGGACGUGGAUAUUGAAGGGCCAGAGUUGGACGUGGCGGGAGGGGAAGGCAAAUGGAAAGGCCCCAAGUUCAGGAUGCCCAAACUGAACAUCAAAAGCCCCAAAAUCUCCAUGCCGGAUGUUGACUUGAACCUGAAGGGGCCCAAAGUGAAGGGAGAUGUGGACGUCACAGCUCCAAAGAUCGAAGGGGAGUUGAAAGGACCAGAAGUGGACUUGAAGGGCCCCAAAAUUGACGUUGAGGCGCCCGGCGUGGAUUUGGAGUGUCCUGAGUGUCCUGAGGCAAAGCUGAAGGGUGCCCCCAAAAUCUCCAUGCCCGACAUCGACCUGAACCUGAAAGGUCCCAAAGUGAAGGGAGAUGUGGAUGUGUCCGUUCCCAAGCUGGAAGGUGACCUGAAGGGCCCAGAAAUUGAUAUCAAAGGCCCCAAAGUUGAUGUUGACCUUCCUGAUGUUGAGCUGGAAGGCCCAGAGGGGAAGCUGAAGGGUUCCAAGUUCAAGAUGCCCGAAAUGCACUUCAAGGCCCCCAAAAUCUCCAUGCCUGAUGUUGACAUUGACCUGAAAGGGCCCAAAGUGAAAGGGGGCGUUGAAGUCGCAGCUCCAAAGAUCGAGGGUGACCUGAAGUGUCCUGACGUGGACAUCAAGGGGCCCAAAGUUGACAUUGAUGUGCCAGAUGUGGACAUUCAUGGCCCAGAGGGGAAAUUCAAAAUGCCCAAGUUCAAGAUGCCCAAAUUUGGGGUUCCUGGCUUCAAAGCAGAAGGCCCAGAGGUGGACGUGAACCUGCCCACAGGAAAUUUGGAUGUGUCUGGUCCCAAAGUGGAAAUUUAA